CGGGCCACGCACACGGGGGAUCUGGGACGAGGGGGGAAUGAGGCCGUCUGGGGCUGGGCCGCGCGCCCGUGACGGGCGCCAGUUGCUGCGACUUCCACCGCUCGCGAGUGAGUUCGCUCGCCUGAUGUUCCAGCUUUCCAUCUGUGCAGGGAAGCGGCGGUCCAGAAGCCGGCGCGCUGGGGAGCGCUCCCGAAGUUAAAUCAUGAUGCUGGCGGCGGAUCAUCCCCUCUCUCUGAUCAGGUAUAUAAAGGGAGGGAGGAGACCGUCGCCGAAGCUACCCCAAAGCACCAACACAUCAAUCACCUUCAUUCAAACCAAACAAACAAACACCGCUCGUUUUAACAACCAUGCCCUCGAUCCGCGCCAUCCUGUCCGUCGCCGCCGUGGCCAUUGCCUCCGUCUCGGCGACGCUCGACCCCGCCACCAGCAACUCCAAGGGCAAGUACCCGGCCAGCCCCAACUGCUCCGCCACCAAGGUCAGCAAGGCCAUCCAGGCCGCCGAGUGCGCCUACAACACGCGCGUCAGCGGCACCCAGACCUUUGCCGUCUUCAAGCAGGACCACCAGUACGACGGCAACAACGGCGCCCCGUACGGCACUUGCUCUGCCUACACGUGCACCGCCCCCGCUGACGGCGACCUCACCGCCGAUGACGACUACUGGACCUUCUUCUGGAACGACAACGGCUCCUCCAGCGGCGUCGGCACCACCUGCAUCAAGGACCCCAGCUCGGGCGAGUGCGGCUGCGAGAACAGCGACGGCACCUUUGUCGUCGGCAGCUCGUCCUGCAAAUAA